AAUCCCCAACUCUAAAUACAUCGAAAAUUCCAACUGGUCUUUCACUCUUCUGCAUAGCUCCCAGCCCAGCUUAUUCCCUCUUCCACGCUUCCAUUCCAUCACCACACUGACCACGCGCCACCACGAGCAACACCCAUGGCGCGCACCGGCGCCGCCGCUGCCCUCUUCGUGCUCGUCUGCUGCCUCCUCGUCGGCUCUGUCCCGGCGCGCCUCCCCGUCGAGCUUCCGACGCAGGUGGUACCCGAAGCCGUUGACCUCCUGGCCACCGCCGAGCCGCUUCUGGCCAAGCAGUUGGCGGCUGCCGAGGCGGCCAACCCGACCAAAGUCCACUCCAUGAUAACAGAGGAGGAGGAGAUGGUGGUUCACCCGGCCCGCCAGCGCCCCCAGAUCAUCCGGUGCGGCGGCGGAGACGACGUGGCGGUCUCCGACGAGUCGCCGUCCUUCGGCGGCCAGGGCCAUCCAGCGUUGAAGAGCGAGGGGGAGGAGCACGGGCCGGAACAGGAGCGGCCCGGCGAGGACUCGGACACCGACAGCGACUCGGAUUCAGACGACGAGGACAAUGAGAAUGGGAUUGUGGCGUGGUUCUGGAGGCUGGCGCGUCGCUUCUGAAUUCUGAUCGAUCAAUCUUGGCCGCCCGUUGUGCUGUGAUGUAUUACUAGUUUUGUAGUACUUGUGUAUGCUUUUGGGAGUUUGGCGCUCUGUAUACAUACUACUCCUAGUAUAUUGAUGAAUAAAUGGCAAUCCACUGUUGUUGUACAACUUCGGAGUA